AUGGCAACGCCCACGUUUAACCGUGCUUUUCAAGCUUAUAAUAAUCAUAGUUUUAAAAAUCGUCCAGUUGUAAAAAAGACGCCAGUAUCAACAAUGGGAGAACCAUCAGCAUUUGGUCAUAUUCCAUAUUCAAGUAUAAAAACAAGUACUGAAAAAGUACCAUCACUACCACCAUCUCCUAAUUCAACUGGUUCCGUAAAACGAACAUCGGGACUACAAGCUAAACGUGCAUCAAUAGUUAGCAUGGCUAAUUUACUACCACAUCGAAAGAGUUUACAAAUGACAGCUUUAGCAACACAAAGACAAAGUCUUUGGAUUAAUCUCGCUAAAAAUGCUCAAACAAAUAGUUCUCAAGUAUCGCCAUUUCCAUUAAGACAACAACAAACAAAUUUAUUGCGAAAAAAGCUUCUACGUCUAUUACUUGUUUUUAGUUAUUUAUUGUCAAUAUCAUUGUUUGCUAUUGCUUUAGCAACAUUUUAUGGUUUUUUCUGGACUGGUUAUAGCAAAAUACCACCAACAACUUUGUCUGCAUUAACUGUUGGAACAACUAUUACAUCAAUUGAUUCGUUAAAAUCAAAUUCAACGUUGAUCGAUAUUAGUAUAUCACUGGGAGAUGCAAGUUAA